AGAACUCACAGUGGAAAGAAACCUUAUGAAUGUAACCAAUGUGGUAAAGCCUUUGCACGUAACAGUAGUCUUCUAGUACAUAAAAGAACUCACACUGGAGAGAAACCUUAUGAAUGUAACCAAUGUGGUAAAGCCUUUGCAUGUAACACUGGUCUCCUAGUACAUAAAAGAACUCACAAUGGAGAGAAACCUUAUGAAUGUAACCAAUGUGGUAAAGCCUUUGCAUCGAACAGUCAUCUCCUAAGACAUAAAAGAACUCACACUGGAGAGAAACCUUAUGGGUGUAAUGAAUGUGGUAAAUCCUUUCCAUGUAACAGUCAUCUCCUGCUACAUAGAAGAACUGACAGUGGAGAGAAACCUUAUGAAUGUAACCAAUGUGGUAAAGCCUUUGCAGAUAACAGUGUUCUCCGAAGA